AUGUGGCUUCUCAAGAGCCUAACCGUUGUCCAAAGCCUGAUUGGCUUGGGAAUGGCUCUCGCCAUGGCCCAGACAGGAUCGGAAACGCAGACUUACAACCCCGCCACCGACCUCAAGCUCCCCUACAGCCUAGACACAGUCUCAGCCAUGGUUAGCGUCGUCAUGAAAAAGCCAUCCAUCGUGCUGGAGAACUUGCCCUCGCUCAGCGACGUCAAGUGUGCCGACGGCAACGUCAUUUUGUCAUUCACAAAUGCCGAAGCUGUCAAAGCUGUCCGGGAUGCUUGGCCCAGCUCCGGCGACUUGAUUCUCGUUAUGGAUGAGGCUCCGGGCACCUGCAGCGGCGAUAGAGAGCGCGGCUUUUUCCUGGUCAGCGAACUUGUCCACGACGAAGAGACAUUUACCAUCACGGCGACUGCCGAAAAACGUGACCCCAAGGACGAGAUGGACGACGUCGUUGUUCAUUUUACCCGCACGACCGAGGCUACUGCUGAGGAGAGAGCUGAUCUCGUGGCCAGAAGCGGAAAAAAGACACUACGUUUAGGCCCCAAGACCUUCAAGGUGGACAUGUCAAACAAGACACUCAUCAACACCAAGCCCCUAUAUAUACGUACGGACCGCGCCACUUUUACCAGUACCGUGCAAAUUGAAGGCCACGUGCACUUUAGUUUUGCGAAGAUGAAGUUGAAGGAGUUUAACAUCCAACUGGAGCUCGAUUACGACCUCGACUUGAACGUAACCGCGCGCGUUAACAGCCGUAUAGGGUUCGACCCCCUCACCUUCAGCCCCCUCGUGGUCGGUAUUCCGGGCGUCUACAUCCCGGGCAUGCUUUAUAUCGGCCCCCGAGCCGCCAUAUCUUUCGGCGUCGAAGCGGCAGCCGAAGGUCCUGCCAACAUCACAGCCGGAUACCGCUCCACUAUAAAGGGCGCCACGGCGCGUUUGGACCUGCUGAACAAAAAUGGCACCAAGGCCGAGGGCUGGACACCUAACAAGACCGCGUCCGUAGACGUGUCGACGCGGAUGCAACUGCAGCUCAACCCGUUUGCGGACCUGACCGUGGAGUUUGCCAUUAGGAUGUUCGGGGGUAUAGUUGACCUGGGCACCGGACUCACCGCGCGCUCGACGCUGGUCAAUGCCUACGUGAUCGGAUCCAACUUUACGCACAACGGGACGGGCAUUGAGCUGACCGGACCCAAGUGCCCCGACUCGGCGGUGAUGGGCUCCUGCUGUUUGAACUCGGCGUGGUACGAGCGCAGGUUCUGGUUCGAGAUCAGGGCCUUCGUGACGUCCUUUUAUCGCAUCCCGCUGUUCAAGGUCGUCGACCCCAUCGACAAGACAGAGUGCUGGCCUUUGGAGCAGCCGGAAAAUGGGUGGGCGGUGUUGGCUAAUGCGUCGAGGGUCGGGAAUUGGACGGGCUCGCUGCAGAAGCCAAAAUGUAAGAAGAGGAUGUCCAAUAUUCUUGAAGCCACACAUCUUUAUACGAUCUAG